UAAGUGAGGCGGGCAGCCUGGCCGGGCAGCACGCAGCAGCGCGAUGUCUCCGUCAGUUCCUGACAGCGAUGGCGAUGGCGGCGCGGACCCUGCUGGCGUCCCUCGGGGUCCUGCUCCUGGCUGCGGCCGUUUGCGCGCAGGACAAGCUCGACAAGCUCGACAAGCGCGCCUCGGCCGACGCGGACAUCGACCGGCUCACCGAUGACGCCCUCGCCGGCAUCGCGACGUUCGCCAAGGACACGGGGCUGGUCAGCCUCAACCUGCCCGAUGUGGACCAGCACUUCUCCACCACCGUGGCGUGGAUCCUCAGCAUCACCGGCAACCUCCAGCUGAUGAAUGGCCUUCUCACCAACUUCCAAACGAUCCACCGCUUCGAGGACUCCCUGCUCACGUUCAUCGAGUCCACGCAGGCGGACAACCCGAACGAGCUGGUCCUGCGCGUUGGGAUCGAGAUUCCGGAGAUCGACGUAAGAUCGGUGUACCCUCUGCCUCUCUUUCUCCCCAACACAGCGGGCUUGAAGAUCGUUGUAGGCGGUCAAAACGCGUCUCGAGUUCUGGCCGCCUCCACCGGUCGGUGCCCCGGGACGACGCGGGCUGGAGCCGUGAUGUGCUGCGUGUUUCAGGCUGCAUACGCCCGGACUUCGACGCGCCGGAAGCGCCGCGAUGGUCAUGCAGAACGGCAAGUUGCCAUGGCGACCUCAGUCGCCUGGGCAGUCCCGCCGAGCGCGCCACCACGACAGCCGCCUACCCUCCGAGCUUCUAGUAUAGAGGCCUUCAUAUCCCUGUACGGAAAUGUAGGGCUGUACUCUCGUCUUACGAGUCGGUUUGUGUUCCGUUGCAGAAAGAUCAACGUGAAGGUCAAGGACGGCGUGGUGGGCUGGCUGGCGACGUUCAUCAGCAACCUCGUGGUCGGCUUCGUGAAGAACAACGUCAAGAACGCGAUCGAGCACCAGCUGCCAUCCGUCAUCAACGACAUCCUCGCCAAGCUGGACAUCGCGGACAUGAUCCGCCCUCACUUGGCUCCCAGGCUGGCUCUCUGAACCAGCAAACCAGUUUUUUAAAUACACGACUGCCUGGCAGGAUGGAUUCUCUCUCAUGUUUUUCGGCACUGUCACCUCGGGUUAAUGGGGUCGGGCAUUAAAAUGCGAAACAUCUUUU